GGGGCGCCAUCUAUAUGCCACAACUUCGGUUCAUUGAGUUCAUUGCCUCUGUUGUGAUUCCGUCUCACUGUGCGAUGGGCGGCGGGGUUCAGUUUCGCAGUGCGAUUCUCUCCGUGUGGUUGUGUCUCUGGUAGAAGGCCUGUGAAUUUUAGAGGACCAGCUUCCCUUGCGCGAAACUUCGUUGAAGUGGUAGCUCAUACCAAUACUCCGAUUUCAGUGGUCGUUGGAAUUAGUCGUUGGCUUCAUCGAAGACCUCGGACAUCAAGGUCAAACUCCAGCUGCUUUUCUUUCUUUCGGUCAGCAGAAACCGCCGGUGCCGGCGGGUGCAGCUGAGUGCGGCCUCCAGCGGGGCAGCAUGAUGAGCGAGGCGGCCGGCGGCUACCAGCGGCUGGGCCAGGCUGAGGCCGGCGGCGGCGGUGAGCUGCUGCUGGCCGACAGCUACUACCCGCCGGUGAAGCUGAGCCGGCAGGGCGCCGCCCCGGCCGCCAAGCGGGACGACGAGAGUGACGAGUCUCCGCUGCUGGGGCAGAGCACCAGCUCCUCCAGCGCCGUGGACGACGACACGCCCCAGAACGCCACCACGAGCUGCGAGACGCUGAUCCACCUGCUGAAGGGUAACGUCGGCUCCGGGAUCCUGGCCAUGCCAGACGCCAUGAAGAACUCGGGCCUGCUGGUCGGCAUCAUCGGCCUGCAGCUGAUCGGCGCCGUGGCCAUCCACUGCAUGCACAUGCUGGUGGACUGCUCCAAGAUGCUCGGCGAGGAGGUGGGCCUGCGAACCAUGGACUACGCCACGGUCGCCGAGGAGGCGUUCCUGUGCGGCCCCACGCCGCUGCGGCGGCUGGCGGCGCCCGCCCGAAAACUGGUCAACGUGUUCCUCUGCAUCACCCAGCUGGGCUUCUGCUGCGUCUACGUCGUGUUCGUCAGCCAGAACGUCAAACAGGUGGUCGACUCCUAUAUGCCUGAGCACGUCUCCCUAUACGUCUACAUGGUCGCCAUCAUCGUACCGUGGGUGCUGCUCUGCUGGAUCCGAGACCUCAAGAUCCUGACGCCCUUCUCCAUGAUGGCCAACGUGCUCAUCAUCGUCGGCCUGGUCAUCACCUUCAUCUACCUGCUGCACGACCUGCCGCCCAUCUCGGAGCGCAAGGCCUUCUCGUCGCUCGCGCAGCUGCCGCUCUACUUUGGAACGACCAUCUACGCGUUUGAAGGCAUCGGAGUGGUGCUACCGCUGGAGAACGAGAUGGCCGACCCGGCCGAGUUCCGCGGCUGGAACGGCGUGCUCAACACGGGAAUGACGCUGGUCAUGUGUAUGUACACGGCGGUGGCGUUCUUCGGCUACCUCAAGUACGGCGACGCCGUGCUGGGCAGCAUCACGCUGAACCUGCCCACCAGCGACUGGCUGGCCCAGGUGGUGCGCCUGAGUAUGGCCGGCGCCGUCUUCCUCACAUACAUGCUCAUGUUCUACGUGCCGUGCAAGAUCCUGAUCCCGCCGUUCAUCGCCAAGUUCCACUCGGAGCGACACAAGAUUCUGGCAGAGUUCGGCCUGCGCACCGCGCUCGUCCUCUUCACACUGCUGGUGGCCGCGCUGGUGCCCGACCUCAGUCUGGUCAUCUCGCUGGUCGGCGCCGUCAGCAGCAGCAUGCUGGCGCUCAUCCUGCCGCCCAUCAUACACAUGGUGGUGGUGGGCGCGCGCGGCGGCUACGGCCCCUUCUACUGGAUCCUCUGGAAGGACCUGUUCGUGGUGGUGUUCGGUCUGACGGGAUUUGUCACCGGCACGUGGGCGAGCAUUAACCAGAUUAUCGAGGCGAUGGAGGGGCGGUAGCGAGUGGGGUGAACUGCUCAGAGAGUGCCGCGCGGCGCCGGCGGAGAGACAUGGCCGCGUGUGGCUCCGGUGCCGGCCCGGGUCGCGGCGAGCAAGUGCCUGACUGGGAGCCGGCGGUGGUCGACUCGGCAGAGGUGAGACACCGACCGCCGUCUACUGGUGCCUCUGAGUCUCGAGCGAGCCAUGACAUUGCCGGUGGGCGCAGCGGACCGGAGGCGGAGACCAGCCUAAUAAUGCUCUGCCGUGGGUAGUGGAAAACAGCCGUCAGUGCCGUUCGAAGGGCCAGAGUGUCGCGCACCUAGGGCACUCGAGCACCUGGGCCGGACAUUGAGAGGCGACAGUGAGAGGCUCUACACUUGACGCAUCCUCAGCCGUCGGCGGCCAACCGUUGGCCGCUGUGGUCGCCGCAGCCAAGUCUUCCAGUGUGCGUGUGUGCGGGAAAUGGGAGAGAUCGCCUGUCAGACUGCCGGGGAAAGUGUCCGAUCAUUCCAGCCCGGUCCAAACGGCGCGCCCCUGGGUGGACGGUGCAGCCCUCCGCUAGCACGUGUCUGGUGGGUUGGCUACGAUCAAGACUGGGAACGGGAAAGAUUGGGUGAAAACUUGUUCUGAUUUCAGGAGGCAUUUGUUUUACGAGCAUGUUGUUUUAUUCGUUCGUUUAUGCGCGCGUUUACCUCACAUUUUCAGAAUCUCGACUUCGCGAUCAUUUCGACGGUUAUCAUGCAUGCUAAGUAACCUUGAAAAUUUGGGGAUGAUCGGGAUGUUUCGGGGAAUACUGCACUAAUUUGGACUAGUGCGAUGAUAUCAAUUUUAUAGGCCUCUUCCACAUCGUUCUCAUAACUGUGAGCUACAUUCGAAACUAACCACUAUGCAGCUGUGAUACCUUCAAAAGCUGUUAUCAAUUAGGGUAGGCGCGAAUGUACCAGUUAGAGCCGCGAAACCAAACUGUUCCGCGGAGGUAGAGACAUGAUGGUAUUAUGUUUGGCUCAACACGCGCGUGCUCUGAGAGUGUGGUUCACCAGCCAGCACUCUCGCACGCACAUUCCACCGCAUUGGAGUGUAUUUUUGCGUGCGUCUGCGUCACUUUUGGCGUGCGCGCGCCACAUGUGCCUUUGCUGGCGCCGGGGAGGCGAUGGCAAAUCCUCCCCCUCCGCGAGCCUGGCGCCGAGUGAACUGUGUACUUUGGUGACCAAAUGUGCUAUAUAACGACCGGUAAACGUGUAUGGUUUGCUACAUAUCCAAAUACAUGUUUAUUCAAUUA